AUGGGGGAGAAGAGCAUGGAGCCCACAGCAGGGCGGGAGCGUGCCGGUCGGCCCCAGCCUCAGAUGCUGUCGCUGGGGCGCGAGGACGCCAGGCGCGUGCUGGAGGCCUAUGUGACCCGCAGCCUGAGCUUCUGUGGCGAACAAGCCGGGGCCCGGAGGCUGGGGCCCAGACCCCACAAGUGGGUCCCCCUGGAGGACAAGAGGCGACGCGUCAGACGCCACUCCAGUGACAGCUCCGCGCACCUGCCUCCCGACGAGCUGGAGGCCAUGAUCGCGGGCCUCAAACCCGCAGGCCCUGCGGAGGGACCCGCCUCAGACGGGCCCCUGGGGGACGAUUUCGAGGCCUCCCCGGAGCAGGACUACCAGACCGAUGGCCCCACGGAGGGGCCCGAAGUCUCCCAUUUGGUGGCGCCCUCGGACCAGGACGCCCCUGCAGAGGGACCUGCCAUGGAGGGGCCUGAAGCUUCCCAUUUGGAGGCCUCCUCAGAGCAGGACGCCCCUACAGAUGGCCCCACGGAAAGGCCCGCAGCCUCCCGUUUGGAGGCCUCCUCAGAGCAGGAGGCCUCCUCAGAGCAGGAGGCCCCUACAGAUGGCCCCACGGAAAGGCCCGCAGUUUCCUGUUUGGAGGUCUCCUCAGAUCAGGAGGCCCCUACAGAUGGCCCCACGGAAAGGCCUGCAGUUUCCCGUUUGGAGGCCUCCUCAGAGCAGGAGGCCCCUACAGAUGGCCCCACGGAAAGGCCUGCAGUUUCCCGUUUGGAGGCCUCCUCAGAGCAGGAGGCCCCUACAGAUGGCCCCACAGAAAGGCCCGCAGUUUCCCGUUUGGCGGCCUCCUUGCGGCGUAAACAGGUCAACAAAUCGCCCAAGAAGGGCCCCAAGAAGACCAAGAAGCCCUCCAUCUUCAAGAGCUUUCUGAACCUGUUCUCCAGGAGGGGAAGUGACAAGGAGGAGGCGAGAACAUCCAGCAGUCCGGAGAGGGGGGGGACCAUCACCCCGCCGGACACCCCCUCCCAGUCCCUCUCCUGUCUGCCCGGCCAUGGGCCUUCCUCUGGAGCGGACCACGCCUCUCCACCGCGCAGGAGGUCCCUCCGCAAGAAGCUGAGUCGUAAGAGGUUCUCCUUCCGCGGCCGUGGCACAGACCAGCCCAGAGGGUCUCCGAGGAGCUCCAGAGCCCCGCCUGAUGAUAACAGUGCGGACCCAGCAAGCAUAUACUAUGUAAAGGUAUCAGAGGAGCUUGAGAAGAUAGUGAAGGAGGUUAAAGAUGACCACGAUCAAGAAAAUGAAAUUAUGGAAAAGAUCAUAGAUGCGCUGAAAGUACAAGGGGAUGCCAUUGACAAGGAGCUGAAGCUGGACGAAGGAGGCCUGGGCGCCUUUGUGAACUCGCUGUCGUACCACGGGUUCCAGGAGCUGGCUGACCUCUACGUGGAGUCCGGCACCCCCAGCCAGCUCCCCCAAGGCCCGCCCACCGCCCCGGAGCUGGUCAAGUUCGCCUUCAGCCUGGACUUCACCGCCAAGGUUGCCGGCCUCUCCAGCCAGACCAUCGGCCGCAUCAUGGGGUUCGGGAACCAGUACCUGCAGGACCGCUUCACCCAGAUGAGCGUCUCUCAGGGACCGGAAUCCCAGCCAAGACAAGUGCAACCCUUCUGUGGCCCAGAUUAGCUGAUGACAGGAGAUAACAGGACAAAGCUCGACUCCCAGAGGAGACCGCACUCCACCCCAGGGACUUGGCCCUCGCCGUAAACAGAAACUACCUGUGCCAAGCGCAAACACCAUGCUGAAGAAUGGUUUCCGUAGAAACCCUGAAACUUGAUCACAAAGACCUGUAACCUCUGCAUGGCAAGAGGAGGAACCACACACUGUGGCUGAUGUACUGGAUUGAAUUUUAUGGAUUAUAUUACACGGUUCGAUCCCCGGUGUAGCCACAAUAAGAUCCGCACAGCCGUUGGGCCCUUGAGCAAGGCCUUUAACCCUGCAUUGCUCCAGGGGAGGAUUGUCUCCUGCUUAGUUUAAUCAACUGUACGUCGCUCUGGAAAUCUAGGUGCUAUAUACAGACCACCGCUGAAAUAUUUAAGUGUGUGCUGGCAUACACUAGCAAUGCGAUUAUCUUUGAAAUACAUUUUUACUGAAUAAAUAUGAAUAAAUAUUUUCACUUUGA